CCAGAGCUUUUUGCCUCAGCCACCUCCGGGACUGUAUGAGAGUGCGCGUGCGUUUCUUGUAGAUGUUUUGCCUCAACUGUUGUUAAAUCAGCUUGAGUGCAUUCUCUCUGGAUGACUAUGCAACUUGUACGGGAUUUAUUGUCAUCACUAAAACUUCUCUCCAGAUGAGAUGACCUGAGGAGAGGGCAGGAUGGAUGCAGUGAUCAUGUCUGGACGCAUUCAACGCAUUUAUAAUACAGCAUAACCGAGGCAGAACCAGAGUUGGAGGUAUGAGAACCCACAAGACCCGAUCCGAGGCUUUAGCCUCGUCGUCCUCACAGCGUUUGCCAUGCUUCAGUCUGCGCUCCAGGAAGAAUAAAGAAGGGGUAAUCCAGGGUAAGGUGCGCAUCCGCUCCAUGCCGGGGGCAUUCCUGGUGCUGGGGAUGAUAGUGGUGAUUGUUGGCACCACGCUGGCAGUGGUGGGGUAUUGGCCGUACCGGAUGCAACGAUCAGCAGAGGGUUCAGGGAGUAAAAGCCCCUCUCAGGGAUCCAGCUGGGGUCUUGGAGCCAAAGGGCUGUUCUCUACGGCGAGUCUGAUUCACACUGACCGGAUGAAACUGGUCGGUCCUGUUAUAAUGGGAGUGGGACUAUUUAUUCUGAUCUGCGCUAACACAGUCCUGUAUGAGAACCGAGACAAAGAGACUCAAAUUCUGCUGUCUGAGAUGCAGAGCGUGAUGUGUACCAUGUCCAGUGUUCCGUCAACAGACUUCACCCAGGUGAACUCACUGAUCAGGCACUACCACUGGGUCGGCAGCCUUCCUGCAGCCCACUUGAACAUCUUGUGCCUUAAAGAACUGGCCUCCUCUGAUCCGUUGCUGCAGGCCAAGACCACAAAAGAAGACAGAGUUUCACUUCAGAAGGAAGUGAUGCACACUGAGAUCCUUUGUCAUCAAGAGUCUUUAUUCAUCUCCUCUAUUCAUUUAUCAGACUCCUGGAACUCCAGCAAAGCAGACGUCAGCACUCACCUGGAUGUAGAAAAGGGAGACAUCUGUGGCCACCAGUCCCAACCGAAGAGUCACUGCAACCUCAGCAAGUACCUGACUUCCUCCUUUAUGUCCGCCCCAGAAGGAGAGGACUGGGAGUUAACCACGGUUCCUCCGAGGCGCUCUUACAGUAUGAGUUACAGAACUAGCUCACACACUUUGUCCAAGUCUUUAGUACACUUGGAGGAAAGGGCAGUGCAGAACACAAGAUGCCUUAAACAGUUCCCACAAUCAUGCAUCUCUGAGGUAUGUGUGAAUCAGCCAGGUAUUCGCACAGAACCUCUGGACUUGGACCUUGCACCUGUGGAGGAUCAGAAGCACCACAGCUGGCCAUGACCUGAUCUCGGAUACGCCUCGAUUCAUCUCAAACUAUCCGGUGUGGAACGCUUGUUCACUUUGGGUCUGAAUGAUCUCAUGGCCCAAAAUGGAGCAAAUUAUUUUGACAUCUGUGGAGUAUAAAGACAUGCUGUGGUCAGCACCUUCAGUUUUGCAGUUUAUUAUGGUCUCCAUUAACAGGCCUGUUAUUGGAAAGGAAAUGCAGCACUGUGUCAAUGAACACUUGACAGAAAAACAUCUGGAUAAUAUAACAACAAGGAUUCGGUUGUAGCCAAACCUUUGCUUCUCUCCAAGAUGCCUUUAGUACCAUAGUCUGUGCCGCAGUCUCUACUGUCUCAGUACUAACCUCUCCACCGGGUUCUAGACAGACUUUAGUCUCUGAUCUAGAAAACUAGCAUGAGGAUGUGACUCCAAACAUCUGUAAGUUAAAUAUAACUGUAUCAGAUAUAAAAAGGGCUUUUCAAUGGAUUUGUCUAUAAACAUCAAUGCUAUAAGUAUAUACAGGAUUCUUUAUCUAACCAAAGACUCUAGUUUAUUUUAUUUCUAUUUUCAUCUCAUUCAGUACCUUUGACUGUAACAUUCAUGACCCAUGGACCUCUGUAAGCUUUAAAGGGAAAGGGAAGAUACAUGAUCUCCUUGGCAUUGUUAUUAAAGUACACCCUGCACGUGUUUUGUAAAUUGUUG